AUGACAUGCAUCGGGGAAUUCAAUGUUGUCUGUCCCCGUUACCCCCUAGUCAUCACAACCACACCCCCGCCAGCAGAACCAGCACAUCGAAAAUCUGGAGGCGGUUACAGAGGGGUGCGUGCAUGUGCGUGUGCAGAACUGGCUGGGGGAAAAUUAGUGGAGGACGGCUUCCGGCCUGGGCUGGUGGGAGGGCUGCUGGCGCGCGAGCGAGUGCUGGCGAUCGUGGCAGGGCGGUACUUCACACUCGCCAUCACGCAGCACGGCCGCCUCUUCACCUGGGGCAUCCCCCCAGCAUCCAGCCCCCACCCGCCCGCCAUGUUCACGUCAACCACGCGGCGCCAGCCCGGCGGCGGGGGCAUGCACCGCGGGCUGUUGACUCUCAACUCGGCCUUCCACGCGUCCGUCCCCUCGGGCGCCUCCGCAGGGGCGGGGGGGAAUACUUCCGCGGACGAGUUCGCGUUGGUGAUGCGCGUGGGGGGCGUGCUGCGGCGCGUGGGGGUGUCGAAGGUGGCGGCGAGCGGGCACACCCUGGUAGUGACUCCGGGGGGCGUGGUGCUGUCGUGGGGGCGCGACUGGGACGCGCGCAGGCGCCCCGCGGGGCUGCUGGGGCGCGCGGACGGCGCGUUUUGGCGGCCUGCGCCGGUGGAGGGGCUGACGGGGGAGGGGCAGGUGGUGGCGGUGGAGACUGGGCAGUAUCACUCCGUUGCUGUGAUGGAGAGCGGUAGGGUGUUCACAUGGGGGCUCAACAAUAGGGGCCAGCUGGGCCGACCAAUCAAGAGCAAGGUGCGACGGGCUGUGGGGAGAAGGGGAGGUGUGGAAGGGAGGCGGGGUGGGAGAGGAGAGGGGUGGGAGGGAGAGAGAGGAGGCUGA